UAAAUAAUAUAUUGAGCAACCAAUGAUAUUCACCCGGACAGAUCCUGGGUAUUCGGACCCGAUCGGAAAGAGUACAAACGUUAACGCCGUUAUGUCUCUUUUCCCCUUUCCUUUAUUUUUCCGAAAAGGAAAAGUGAAAAAAGCAAUUUUCGCGAACACAAUCAAAGACCAGAUUACAGAUUAGAUCUGGCUUUCUUUACCUCUCUUUUUUUCACACACUAACACACACUCUUUUUUCUAUCAUUCUCACCACUAUUUGAAUAUCACUCAACGCUUCUAGAUCUAUCUCUUUCUCUCCGCUUCUCAUUGUUUUUUUAACACUCCUGGAAAUGUAGUUGUUGUUUGCUUCAGAUAGGUGAAGAAGAAUUGUGAGGCAUACUGGGUUGAAAGUAUAAGGGGUUGAAUAUUUAUACCUCGAGAAAACAAAGGGAGAUAUCACUACUUGGUGCUUCACACUUGAACGCAUCAAUGGGGUCUGAGCAGACUCGUUUUCUGCAGCCUCAGCAACCACCAGCACCUCGGCGCAAGAGAUGGUCAGGAUGUUGGGGUGGAUUAUCGUGUUUGAGGAAACAGAAAGGUGGAAAGCGUAUUGUACCUGCAUCUCGCAUGCCUGAGGCCAAUGCUUUUACAAAUCAGGCAACUGGACAACAGGCUGGCGGGUUGCCUAAUCAGACUACUGGAUUGACUUUAUCUCUUUUAGCCCCACCAUCUUCACCUGCAUCCUUCUCGAAUUCGGCACUUCCAUCGACAGCUCAGUCACCAAGCUGUUACUCGACUGCCAAUUCACCUGGAGGUCCUUCAUCUAAUAUGUAUGUCACGGGUCCAUAUGCCCAUGAGACGCAGCUGGUAUCUCCUCCUGUUUUCUCGACUUUCACGACAGAGCCCUCUACAGCUCCUUUUACUCCACCACCGGAACUGGCACAUUUAACUACUCCCUCUUCUCCGGACGUACCUUAUGCCCAUUUCCUUUCAUCCACCAUCAAUCUCAAAAGCACUGAUAAGAACAAUUAUAUGGCUGGCAAUGAUCUUCAAGCAACAUAUUCUCUCUAUCCAGGAAGCCCGGCAAGUGCUCUCAGAUCACCUGUUUCAAGAAUGUCUAGUGACAACUUAUCAUCAUCUUUUACUGAACGGGAGAUUCCCCCUCAAUGGGAUCCUUCCAUGUCUUCCCAAGAAACUAAGCUCACAAAUUCUGAUUCAGCCAGGUUACUUGGGCUUCAACCAGCAGGUGCCUCCAAGUCGCGUCAAGAUUCUAAUUUCUUCUGCCCGGAGACAUUUGCUCAGUUUUACUUGGAUCAGUCUUCAUUUUCCCAUGCUGGUGGUAGGCUCAGUAUUUCCAAAGAAUCUGAUGCCUACUCAAAUGGUGGAAAUGGGUAUCAGAAUAGGCAGAACAAAACGUGCAAAGCAGAUGCUGAGGAAAUAGAAGCUUACAGAGCAUCCUUUGGUUUCAGUGCAGAUGAAAUCAUCACUACAACUCAGUAUGUGGAGAUUUCUGAUGUAUUAGAGGACUCCUUCAGUAUGACGCCUUUUACCUCCAAUAAACCUGUUGAAGAGGAACAUUAUUUAACUCCACCAGCAGUAGAUGGAGCAAAAAUGGAGAAAACACAAGAAGAGUUUUCAAAACCACAAUAUGAUAAAGUACGACCGAAUCAUGCUGAAGGGACACUCACUGGAGUGCCAGUUUUAUGCGACAGUCUUAAAGAUCAAGUACCACGUCAGCAACUUGGAGAUGUUUCUGGACGAAGUAUUCCCAGUAACCACAUUCUAAGUGAUGAUGACUGCGUAUUCUCCAAGUCGGGAUCUACAAGAAAUGGUAGAAAAUAUAAUUUUGGCUUGUCAAAUUCUGAUGCAGAAAUCGAGUAUAGGAGAGGGCGAAGCUUGAGGGAAGCACGAAGCCUGAGAUAAAACAAGGUUACUCAUCAUGGCAUGAAUAUUUAUCAGAUCAUAGUCUCUUGUAUGUAUUAAUUCUCGUUUACUUCUGUUGGGAGUUAUCUUCACAAAGGAACUAGCCUUUGAUCCGACUCUCGUUUUGCCUUUCUUUUGGUGUGUCUGUCGUAUAAUAUACUCUCUCAAGAAUUCUGCUGGUGGCUUUUGGAGUCUGUAUGGUAUAUAUUGGUUCAUACGGGUGCAAAGAAUAGAUUAUGUGCACUUCUAAGAAAUGCCUCAAUCGAAGUUCUGUUUCAUUUAUGCUA